CGAUGAGAAGCUCUCACAGUCAAACUAGAAAUCUGCUGGUCAUUUCACAAAAACUCGGAGUAUUUCCGCAGCGGUGUGUCCGUGUGUGAGGAGAGACUACCGUAGAGAUUCCACACGUGAACAGACGACCCUGCUCCGUGAUGGAUAAUGCUCACACUAAGACAGUGGAGGAGGCUCUGGGCUAUUUUGGAGUGAAUGAAUCUACAGGACUGAGCUGUGAGCAACUAAAGAAGAACAGAGACAGAUGGGGAUCAAAUGAGCUGCCAGCUGAACAAGGGAAGUCACUGUGGGAGCUGGUGCUGGAGCAGUUUGAGGACCUGUUGGUUCGAAUCCUGCUGCUCGCUGCAUGCAUCUCUUUUACCCUGGCCUGGUUUGAAGAAGGUGAGGGGACAAUCACGGCCUUUGUUGAACCCUUCGUCAUCCUCCUCAUCCUUAUUGCUAACGCUAUAGUUGGAGUCUGGCAGGAGCGCAAUGCAGAGAAUGCCAUUGAAGCCCUGAAGGAGUACGAGCCUGAGAUGGGUAAGGUGUACCGACAGGACAAGAAGAGCGUCCAGAGAGUCAGAGCCCGAGACAUUGUGCCUGGGGACAUUGUGGAAGUUGCCGUGGGUGAUAAAGUCCCAGCAGACAUCCGGCUUACCUCCAUCCGAUCCACCACGCUCAGAGUGGACCAGUCCAUCCUGACAGGGGAGUCGGUGUCCGUGCUCAAACACACCGACCCGGUACCAGAUCCCAGAGCCGUCAACCAAGACAAGAAGAACAUGCUGUUCUCUGGUACCAAUAUUGCAGCAGGGCGAGCCAUCGGGGUUGUCAUAGCAACAGGAGUUCAGACUGAGAUUGGUAAAAUCCGAGAUGAGAUGGCCUCGACUGACCCUGAAAGGACGCCGCUGCAGCAGAAACUGGACCAGUUUGGAGAACAGCUGUCCAAGGUCAUCAGUGUGAUCUGUGUGGCCGUGUGGGCGAUCAAUGUGGGGCACUUCAAUGACCCGGUUCACGGAGGCAGCUGGCUCAGAGGAGCUGUUUACUAUUUCAAAAUCGCUGUGGCCUUGGCUGUGGCUGCCAUACCAGAAGGACUUCCAGCAGUCAUCACCACCUGCCUGGCCCUGGGCACACGGCGGAUGGCCAGGAAGAACGCCAUCGUCCGCAGCCUGCCAUCAGUAGAGACGCUUGGCUGCACCUCUGUCAUCUGCUCCGACAAAACAGGAACACUGACCACCAACCAGAUGUCGGUGUGCAGGUUUUUUGUGCUGGACAGUGUGUCAGGGGAGCGCUGCAGCCUAAGCGAGUUCAUGGUGACUGGAUCAACUUAUGCCCCUGAGGGGGAAGUUUAUAAAGAUGGCUUGGUGGUGAAGUGUAGUGAGUUUGAAGGACUGGUGGAGAUGGCGUCAAUCUGUGCACUGUGCAACGACUCCUCUCUGGAGUACAAUGAGGCAAAAGGUGUGUAUGAGAAAGUGGGCGAGGCCACAGAGACGGCGCUGUGCUGUCUGGUGGAGAAGCUGAAUGUCUUUGACACGGAUGUGAAGGGACUGAGCCGAGCUGAGCGAGCCACAUCCUGCUGCUCUGUGAUAAAGCAGCUGAUGAAGAAAGAGCUCACACUGGAGUUCUCUCGGGACAGGAAGUCCAUGUCUGUCUUCUGCUCACCAAAUAAACUCACCAAGUCCACCCCUGGUGCCAAGAUGUUUGUGAAGGGAGCUCCAGAGAGUGUGCUGGAGCGCUGUAAUUACAUUCGGAUCAGCAGCUCUGCCCGCGUGCCUUUGAGCCCAGCUGUGCGAGAGCAGCUUCUGUCCACAGUGCGGGCUUGGGGCUCAGGUCGAGAUACCCUACGAUGCCUUGCCAUGGCGACCAGAGACACGCCCCCUGACAUCCACAGCCUCACCCUGGAGAACUCUGCUGCAUUUGCACACUAUGAGUCGGACCUGACCUUUGUGGGCUGUGUGGGCAUGUUGGACCCCCCGAGGAAGGAGGUGCUGGGUGCUGUUCAGAUGUGUCGACAGGCAGGCAUCCGGGUCAUCAUGAUCACUGGUGAUAACAAAGGCACAGCGCUGUCCAUCUGUAGGAGAGUGGGUAUCAUCACAGAGCAGGAAGAACAGCAGCACGGCAUGGGGUUUACAGGCGGCCUGACGGGCCGAGAGUUCGACGAGCUGCCCCCCCACCUGCAGCGACAGGCCUGCCGCACCGCCUGCUGCUUUGCACGGGUGGAACCGGCCCACAAGAGUCGCAUCGUAGAGUACCUGCAGAGUCUGAGUGAUAUCACGGCCAUGACGGGGGAUGGCGUGAAUGACGCCCCGGCUCUGAAGAAGGCAGAAAUCGGCAUCGCUAUGGGCAGUGGCACAGCGGUGGCCAAGUCAGCAUCAGAAAUGAUUCUGGCGGACGACAACUUUUCCACCAUCGUGGCUGCUGUGGAGGAGGGCCGGGCCAUCUACAACAACAUGAAGCAGUUCAUCAGAUACCUCAUAUCGUCCAACAUCGGGGAGGUGGUGUGUAUUUUCCUUACAGCUGCACUGGGCAUGCCUGAAGCUCUGAUUCCUGUGCAGCUGCUUUGGGUCAACCUGGUCACCGACGGCUUCCCUGCCACUGCUCUGGGCUUCAACCCCCCGGAUCUGGACAUCAUGUCUCGUCCCCCCCGCUCCCCCAAAGAGCCGCUCAUCUCCACCUGGUUGUUCUGUCGCUACCUCAUCAUCGGCUGUUAUGUGGGAGCAGCGACUGUCGGAGCUGCUGCCUGGUGGUUUAUUGCUGCCCAUGAUGGACCAAAACUUUCCUUCUUCCAGCUGUCCCACUAUCUGCAGUGCACUGAAGGCCAUGCUGAGUUUGCUGGUGUGCAGUGUUCAGUCUUUGAGUCUCCCUAUCCCAUGACCAUGGCUCUGUCUGUAUUGGUCACCAUAGAGAUGUGCAACGCCUUGAACAGUCUUUCAGAGAACCAGUCCCUGCUGAAAAUGCCCCCUUGGUCCAACCCCUGGCUUGUGGGGGCCAUCUGUCUAUCCAUGGUCCUGCACUUCCUCAUUCUCUAUGUGGACCCACUGCCUGUGAUUUUCCAGAUCCGCCCCCUGUCCUGGCCUCAGUGGGUGGUGGUGCUGAAGAUGUCCCUGCCUGUGAUACUGAUGGACGAGGCCCUCAAGUUCCUGGCCCGGAACUACAUCGACCCUGGGAGUCAGCUGCAGACGCUGGGAGAAGAGGAGCAGCUCCGGGGGGGAGUGGGGCUCAUGGGCUCAGUCAGCACCAGGCUGCGUCAGUCUGUUAAAGGCGUGUCCUGGGCCUUCGUCCUGAUCUCUGCUCCACUCGUCUUCUGGAUCUUCAGCCUGGACUCGGACAUCACCAACAUCUUCUGGGAGUGAGCAGAGAGGAGCAGUCCUGAGGGGGGGUCAUGGGACAUGUGUGAGUAUGAAGGAUAGAAGGGAAACCUUUAGACAAUCAGAAGAAAACCCCGAAUGAGCUCUGUUCACCACACUGCUCCACCGCAACAUGCCGACAGUAAAUAUUAAAAUUCCACUCACCUCCUGUCAGACUAAAUUCAACCAAAGUGACCAGUCAGCCGGACAUUCUAAGCUCUGCGUCUCAGAUUUAAAGGUGAGUCACUGUAGCGUCCAGGUUGAUUCCCAUCCAUGUUUACUGCAUUACUUUAUUUAAUCUGUGAAAUAGUAUUUAUCAGGUGCAAUACGUGAUUCAGCACUGUGGCCGAACAGCUUCUGGUUCAAACCCGCAGACUGACUGGAGGACCGGUUGUGCUGUCUCCUCUGUGUCCUCUGACUGCGUCCUCUGGGCUGUCUCAGCCACAUGUGCCUGUCAGAUGGAGCUUCCUGACCUGCAGCUUCCUGACAUGCUUCACGUCUUUUGAAAAUCAUUCCGACAGUUUUACUGCAUUUUUUUGGUUUGUUGUUUUAAUGUCCUGUGACAUUUCACUGACCUUUUUUCUGGCUGAUUUAAUGAGGAGAGCUGGUGUUGUUGGAUAGGAGUUGUUCUAGCAUUUUUUUCUGGAUUUCUUUUUGUAAUUAUAUUGACCAUUGUUUUCAUUAUUGUUAUUUUUUCAAUAGCCUGAAAAUGAAUAAAAAUUGGUGGAUGUGUGUCAUUUUUUUCCACUUUAUUACAAGAAAGUUCAUAUGUAGAGACACUCAGAAAGUUUGUUUUAUUUUUACUAUUGUGGUGUGUGUUAUUGUUGCAAUGAUUGUGUUAUACAUGUUGUGUAAAAAUACAACAGUAUAGUAAUUUUCCAGUUUCUGUGUGACUUGUCAGUUUCAAUAAAAACUUGUUAUCUUUCUGA